AUGGGCCGGGAGAUUUGCCUGGACGACCGACCGGCAGAGGCCGGGUUCGUCCUGUCCGCCUGCGGCCACGUGUUUUGCCGGGAGUGCCUGAAGGCCUACGUCACCAGCAAGAUCAACGAUGCGGAGUUUAUCCCGCGUGCUUUAACGUCGACGAAGGGUUUCGCGCCGUGGAAGGAGGAGAGAAAGUCGGGGGUUCCGUGGGGGUGGGGAGGGAGGGGGCCGGCGGUUGGGGUAGACGCUAGAGGAGGAGGAGACCUAGAACGAGCGGGAGGGGGUGGGGGGGAGGGGGGACGACGACGACAGCAGAACGGGCAGCCACGAGAGGAGAAGCGUGAGGGGUGCGGGGCUGUCAUUCGCCCGUCGGACAUCAAGGUUCUCAUCAAGACGGACGCGACGACGCAACGAAAGUACGCGCGGUUCCUGUUUUCUCGCGAACACAAGACUGCCCGCGAGUGCCCCCGGUGCGCCAACUUGUCGGUGGGAGACCCCUCGGUGUCGCUGGAGAUGCGGUGCGGCGAGUGCGGAUACGUGUUCUGCUACGAGCACGGCGGGGCCCACCAGGGCAAGACCUGCGCGGAGUACGUCGAGGCUACCGCGGACGAGACCAACCGAACGAUGGCCCUGAUCGGGAGGAUUACCAAGCCCUGCCCCGGCUGCCAGACUCCGGUGGAGAAGCUCGGCGGUUGCAACCAGAUGGUGUGCAUGCACUGCAACUGCAGCUUCUGCUGGAUCUGCAUGGAGCCUGUCGACCGGGGCACGUUCCCCGUCCACUUUCAGUGGUGGAACGUGCGCGGUUGUCCCAACCAGCAGCUGCAGGAGGACUCCCACCAGUCGCCUCGCGGCAGGCAGUGCCACAAGCUCCUCUCGGCCGUGCAGAUCGUGGUCGUGGGGCCCCUCGCCCUGCUGCUGACGGCGGCGUCGUCUCUGGCGUGCGUCUGCUGCCUGCCGGCCUUUAGGCUCCCCCCGCGGCAGCUCUUCACGGGGUGCAUCUCCGGGUGGGGAAACUUCGUGAUGGUGCUGCCGCUGCUCCCCGUUGUCCUGGUGGGCGCCGUGCUGGCCGCUGUCCUGUACCUCGUGAUGCUUCCCGCCCGGCUCUUCAAAGUAGUCAGCCGCAAGUGCAGCUCACGCACGACGAGUCUAGACUUGACUGCGCCGCGGACAUCUAGCAACAGUCACGACGCUCGCAGCGGCAGCAGCAAAAGUAGCGGCGGCGGCGGCGGCGCAGGUAGAGGGGGCACUGGGCGGGAGGGAGAGGCGGGGGGCGGCGGUGGCGAUCCGAGCGCCAUCGAAAGCGGUACGAUCGGAGCAGCGGCCGAAGCCGAGGCGGAGACUACUAGCAGCAGCAGCGGGGAAAUUGGCGCGGCGGCGGGGGUAUCGGCGCUGGCGAUCUUGACCGAGGUGCUGGGCCCACAGCUGUUACGGGGGUGGCAAGGGGAUCAGCGAGACGAAGAGGAGCGGGGGAACGGCGGGCAUGACGAGGGGUGGAGGAGGGGGAGGAGGAGGCAGGAGGAAGAAGAAGAGCGGAUGCAGACCAACGACGGCGACGAGGAAUCCCAUCAGGGGCGACGCUACCGGCGAGCCCCUCACCCUUCGGUCUUGUCGCCGCAUUCGUGGAUGCCUCCUCCGCCUUUCCACCAAUACAGCAGCGGCGGCGGCGGAGGCGGAAAGGGCGACGAGGUUUUGGCAGCACCGUCGUCGUCGUCGUCGUCAUCAUCAUCACCACAGGAGAUUCUAGAGGCGGGGCGGCGGAGGCCUGGGGCUUUUUCUAUUCCUGAGGUGGAGGUGGUCUCGUCCCUGUCCUCAUCCGCUCUUGGUGGCAGUAGCACGACUGCGGCGGUAACGUCGACGGCGGCGCCUGAUGGCGAGGGUAGAACGGACGAGGAAGGAGGCGUGAUUUUUCGCGACGGCGACGCUUCCCGGUGGUCAGCCGGAGAAGUUACCGUCGGCGAGGCUAGCGCCGUCGCGCCGCCGGUCGACGAAGAACCCCUGCCGGAAGCGGCGGCGGAAGCUGGACGUGAUGAUGGCAGUGUCGGUGUUGAUGGGGCAGUGUUGGGGUCCAGGGUGGUCGCGGUGGGGGAUGAAGGAGCGCCGCCCGUGGGAGCAACGGUGGGGGCAUAUGUACUCGAGAGUUGA